AAAGAGAGGAAAGAGAGGAAAAAUAGAGGCGCGCUCGUGGCUCGUGCUAUGGCCCGCAUGUCGCGCGUGGUGCCUGCAGGUGCAUGAACGUGGCUACGUGUGACUGUGGCUGUGGGUCGUCGGCUCCCUGCGGCUCCCUUCGCACGUCUUCGUCCCUCCCCUCCCCUCCCCCCUCCUCUCCUGCCCGUCUAACUCCAGUCCAUUCGCAUUCACGCUGAUUCGCGCGAAGAAGGCUUGUGUGCGUGAGUGUGUACUUUAGCUGCUCCAGCAUCCAGUGGUUGGUUUUUAUUACGUCGCGCGCGUUCCGCGUUCGUUUAGUGUACGUCGCGAGAUCCAAUCUGAGAUUGUCAUCUGGAUUGUUAUUCAAACGCGAGAUACUUCCAGGAGUUCCGAAUCGCGGGAGAGCGUACGCGAGCAUACGAGCGUACGUUUGGUCUUUCUCGGUGAUCGCGGGCCGAUUUUGAAAAAUGCAAAUGGCGGCGAAAACGUUGGAGCAUUCGCCACACCACCAGUCACACCGGCUUAUGCGGACGAGUGGUCAGAUGUGAGUGAAAUCGUGUGUGACGGGAAAUUUAAUUUCCAGGGUGAGAACCUGGCGGCGAGUUCGAGAUGGACAUUGGCGAGGACACGACGUUUAUUCGAAUAAUCACGUAACUGUAACGGUGGCAUCGGGUAUACGUGUCAGUGUCACCAUGAGCAGUGAGAGUGGCUGCUAGGAAGGACAGGGAUCCUAAUCGGACUGCGCCCGAUCGAGAAUGGAAUUCGGGGGCUACAAGGGUACCGGACCCCACAUCAGGUUGCGUCGUCGCUCGAAAUUGGGCAGACGGCUCACCAGGAGGCUGUCCCUCGUUGCGAAAAUGCCGGCUGCGAUUCUCAGCAGGGCGAACCCACCGGAGCCAAGACCGGUCGAGAUCACGGCGAUUGCACCUGACAAGACGCAGCUCACGUUAUCAGCUUCAUCGCCUGGAGCUGUUUCUUCUGUGGUCGCCCCGAUACUUUUGAAAUAUCGAGUUUGCAGACCUCGAUUGCUGCUUGCUGGUUCGAGGGCUGAAGUCGAUCCUGCGGCCGAUGUAGCUCUUCUACAUGGCGAAGUUUUACUUAUCGAGGAUUCUGCAAGGCAAUUCAAUGCAAUCGGAGACACAGAUCGCAGGUAUAGAGCUACAGAGAAGUUGUUGCACGCGGAAGAAGAGUAUCAUGAAGUAUUGUGCAGCGCCAAAGAAUUGUACGCACGUCCGUUGGCACGAAGUUACCCCGAAUUUCACGAUGUUAUCUUUCAACCUUUCGCAGAUCUGUCGCGAGUCAGCGCAGAGCAUUGCCAGCGGAUCCGCGGGGCACUCGAGAAUUGGGACGGCGGUGCUUUCAAGACGAGUGACUUAUUCCCCGGCCCGUUUUGGAACUCUUACUGGGAAUACUUGGAGAAGUACAGCGAGGCUAGGAGGACACUGGACGAGCUGAGGGCAACCGAGGACCCCCUACUGCACUUUCUCAGUCUCAGGCAGGCGGCCGCGAGGCACUCGCCCUUGUCCUUACUUCUCCUACCGGUGCAAAGGCUCGCCGAUUACGAGAGGUACCUGGGACAAGAAGCAAGGAGCUUGAUAGAUAGCGAGUGCAUUGACAGCGGGUCGGUUCUCCAUCGUGGACAGUUAGAGGGUGACCUUCAUCGCAUCCAAGAAUUGUUCCCCGGUGACAAUUUGCGGCUGCACGAGCGAGACGUUGUCACCACGAAAACAAAAAAUAUGUUACGUAAAAGAAACGGUAGUACUCCAGUAAGGCUAACAAGAGGACUUUCUCAAAAAACUCUGGAUACCACGGAUAGUACUUCAUCUCCGACGAAAUCGCCGACUAGGACUUUUCUUUUGGAAACGCCAGUUCAGUUCACCACGGGCAUGCAAUCUCAAGAAAGGCACCUCUUCCUCUUCACUGACCUUUUGCUUAUUGCGAAAGCCCGUAGCAGCGGGAACUUUAAGCUAAAGCAAAUUGUAAAAAUGAGUGAGCUCUGGCUCACGGCCGGUCACAUAGAAGACGUGGCAGAAACCAGCAAGUCCGCUGAAACCAGCUUCGUCAUUGGCUGGCCUACUACAAACGUUGUAGCGACUUUCAUGACCGCCGCAACGCGAGAUCUCUGGUGGGGACGUUUGAGUGAUCUCGUGCAAAAGGAGAGCAUGAAGGAGCCACCAGAGACGAACAUCCAAGUCGUAUAUCAUGACAACGACACGCACACCGAUUACUUCAAGACAAUCAAAGCCCGUUCCGACAUGACAGCGCAUGACUGCGUGAAGGAAGCGACGCCGCUGUGGGGUCUUCAAGGACCCUUCCAGCUUUGGGCUCGAACGUUCCCAGACGAACCACCAUAUCCGUUGAUAGGACACGAGCGACCAUUCGCCGUGAAGAUGUCACGUCUACGACAUAUGCUAUCGACAGAUGAGGGUUUCGACCUGGUGCACAUCAACAAUAGCGGCGUCGACUUGUGCCACUUCAUUCUCAGGCCCGUGAUGAAGACACCCGCGAAGAAGAACAAUCGGUCGAAAAUAACGGGCUUGUUGCGCCGCUCGUUGUCGUUAAAUACAAACCUCUUUGGCGUACCUCUAUCGCGGUUGGACGAGAAUGGCCUGCCCAAACCCGUUCUCGUGAUGUUACAGCAAUUAUUCGCGAAAGGUCCUUUCAUGCAGGGAAUAUUCCGCAAGUCCGCAAAUGUUCGAAUCGUACGAGAGUUGCGUGAACAGAUCGAGUCCACAGGAGAUCCUAGUUGUCUGGAGGAUGCUCCAAUUAUAGCAGUGGCAGCUUUGCUGAAAGACUUCUUGAGAUCUUUGCCGGAUCCUCUCUUGACCUUCCAUCUAUUUCCCCUCUGGAUGGACAGUUUAAACACGCCGAAUCCUGUCCAAACCAUUAAAAGCAUUUUAGAUAGGCUACCGAGGGCGAAUUUCACAUUACUUUCGCAUUUGAUUUGUGUACUGCAUCAUGUGGCGAGGCGAUCGAAACGUAAUCUCAUGUGCGCCAGCAAUCUUGGCGUUUGCUGUGGUCCGAGUUUGCUUUGGUCUUCGAAUCCGUCAGUGAAUCAAAGUAGAGCGAUCCCGACAAUCACGGAAAUGUUAAUACGUCAUUGUGAGGAUUUGUUUGGCACCAGUGUCACGCAGCUCCUCGGGGAAGAUACACGCAGCGACAGUGGAGCCGAGGAAAGUACCGACAGUCUUCACUCAGGUGGAAUAUCCUUGGAUAGUCUGGAACUAACAGAAGCACCACGUAGAGACCCUAUGUCUUUGUCAAGGGACUCAGGCUUGACCUUAUCAGAUUGCCAAUUAUUCAUCCCGGAAUCGCCGGUAGGCUCAGAAGAUUCUGCCCCAAAUGCCCCUUCGUCUACCAAUUACGAUAAAUCUUUUGCGAAAGAAGAGAAGUCUAAUAAUAAAACCUACAUGCCAGUUUAUAGAUGCGGAUGGGAGGAAAGAUUGAAUGGUUACGGAUCCAGCAAUCAUAAUCAUACGAGUAACACGGAGCACAACUUCAGAGAGGAAAAGACCAACGGGUGUUACCCCAAUCCGUCUCAAUCAUCUAAUUUCCAACGGCAAGAUUGGUUGCGGGCACAGCUCAAAAGAACACCCAGAACGAACAAAUUGGACGAACACGAGCACAGAAAAGAGAGAUUUAGUGACAAGGACACAUACGAUAGGGAGUAUCUUAGACAGGACACGAUGAAAGAAAAUGUAGAGAACUGUAAGACUUAUCGAAGCAGACAGUUAAACGUAAGCUAUGAUAUAUUAACGGAGGAUUACAAUAGUAAAAGCUUGCAACAGGACAUUCGAAGUGCCGAACGGGUAUCGAUUCAUGACUCGGAGCAGGAUCUAACGGGUGGUGGCGAUACAACUCGCUCUGGUAGCGAUUGUUAUGAGUUUAAGAAAGCCAAAUCCUCCGAGGUACAAUACGUGAGUCUGGAGUCACCAAUGUCGGAGAAAGAGCGCCGUCGUCAAGCCCGCGAUCGUGAAUUAUACGAUGACUUUGUUAGGGUAAAGGCAAUAUAUAUGGAAGCGCUUAAAUACUGCAAAAGUAAGGAAUCAAAUGGUGAAUCUGACGGUAAGAUUACAUAUUGCGAUGAGAGGAGUCGAUCGACUGAGGUUUAUGGAACUGCGGAUGUGAACGAUUCCUAUAAAAGUGUAGUCGACCUCAGCGAGGAUGAACAGGAGGAAAGAACUACAUGGCCAGACACACCGCCACCAUUGCCGCCAAGGCUCAGACAUCUGCCACCAGUGCAUAUGAACCUCGAGGACAGGCAUAAAGUUGCGGGUAGGUCCAGAUCUCUACCACCGCCACCACCUUAUCGACCACCACCGCAACCUCGCGCUCCUAUUACGACGAGGCAUCUAGGAUUCGGCAGAUCCGUCGUCGACGAUGAGAGCUAUGUCUGAGAACAAAUGUCAAAUUCUCUUACUGGUUCUUAAUUAUCGAAUGUAUCUCUAUUCCUCUCUCUCAUUAUCCCGGCGUGUAUAAUGUCCAAGUCGUAGAGUCGCUACGAUGAUUGAACCUAGUCCAAACCGAAACAUGUAUCGGGAUAAAGAGAUGGCGUUUUUAAAUCGCGCCGUCGCGAUUUUUCGUUAAGAGCGAUGAGUACUUAUCGUCCUUUUUUGAUCAAACUUAGAGAUAGCGAGAUGAAUGAAACAAAGUCAGACGGCGAAAUGCAAAAUUCGCUGUUUAUUCGUAACCGCCGAUAAUAGAUCUUGGCCCGUGUUCUUCUGUCACGUUUUCGAUACUAAAUGUGUUCAUUCGAUAUACAUUUUGAUUUGAAUUUUUUGCAUAAAUAGACGAAACUUUGAUUCAGAUGAGACACAUUUGGAAACAUCACCCGAAUGGCCCAGUGUAUUAUUUUGUUCUUGUUUAGUGAACAAUAAGAAUAAAAUGAUAUACAAGGGGAUUUAAAUAUUGUUUUCGAACGUAGCUAUGGUUAUAUCAAGAUUUAAACACUAUGCUAAAUCGAGAAUUCGGGCCUGCGACUGUCAUUCAGUGAUUCAGGGUGCUUCCACGAGUGUUAAUUCAUAUUAUGUUAGUAGGUUUAAUAUUUGUAUUUAGAUAGCUAACUAAGAAGCAUAGACUAAAUAAACGGACAAUAUAUAAGUAAUUCUUUUCUUACACAAAUAACGUUUAUAAAAACAUUAAUGAGAGAUGAAUUUUCUAUAAACAUUCAAAGUUUUGUGGAAAUACAAUCUGAUGCUGUUUGUUAGCGGCGCAAUAAAAGGCACAAUAAUGCGCGCGACGAUCAUGUAACAUUCUGUACUAUAUUUUUUAUCUUUAAACAGAAAAUCUUUUAUUCUUAUAAAUUAAUUUUAACGGAUGCGUUCUUCAAACCGAGUGCCCUUUUCUAUCGAUGCAACAGCGCGUUUAUAUGUUUUAAGUUUAUGAGAAGCCAAGACCAUGUUGUGGGAACAAUCAUAACGAUGACGUUAUGUAGAAGAGAACUCGUUUUCUAAAGGACAUUGUAAGAUAUUUCGUUUUGCGCACUCAUAACUGAUAUCAAUUUAAAGCUGACUGUAAGUAAAGAAAGAUCACACUUUUUUCUAAUGUCAUUUUUUGAAAUGGCUUUGUUAACAACGCAUUAGUCAGUUGUGUUUUAACAAAAUUUGAUUGACAAAAUUAUCUCUUCAAUAUUUUCUUUUCCAGAUAUGCCUAUUUGCCAGAUUUUUCCUUUUGCAUUGAAUAAUAAUCUUCCUCAUAAUUAAUAAUAAUAAACUUUGUUUUCUCUGACAAUUGUAACAUGAUUUGCAAAUAUAAAAUAUUGUGUGCGUGAAUACAAUUAUCUUCUAAUACGAUUAUCUUCUUAACGGCUAUAGAAUACAAGAAGCGUUAAAGUGUUGUAUACUAUGCGACUUUGCCGUUCUUUGUAUAUAUUAAAUUGUAAACCCUGUCAUCUUUUAUAUCAUUGAACUUAUGGUACAAUGUAA